UGUUUCUGGAGUGUUUUGUUGUACUGGAGAUCUCCGGUCUUCUCUAUCUUAAAAAAAAGUGCGUUAAACUGCACGUUUUUGCUGAAAAAACAGCCUCCCUUUAUUUUCUCAGAAAGUCGGUUUAAUGAAGAACAUAUGAUGAAUUGUCUAGUGUAUUUAUAGUCAAAGUUAUAUACUUUCACAGUGAACAAAGGCACAACGUGUUUGAUUUGAAUAAUCAACCUGAACUGCCCUCAGAGACAACUUCCGGCCAUGUGACUCAACAUGGCGCUGUACAGUAACCCCAACCUGUCAAUAGUGCCAAUGAAAUAAGAAGAUAGAAAUGCAAUUUCUGGGUGAUAACAUGAGACUGUUAUUCAAGCUGAGGCCUUUAUUGGGCCGAUGUAGUGCACGAUGCUGUCACCAAAGUGUAUGGAGUAAGCGUGGGACUAUCGGGAAAGUUGCUGUGGAUUUAGGGGAAAGGAAACUGGAGAUAUCUACUGGGAAACUUGCCAGGUUUGCGGAUGGAUCUGCAGUUGUUCAGCUUGGAGACACGUCAGUCAUGGUGACAGCCGUCAGCAAGACCAGACCCUCUCCAUCACAGUUCAUGCCACUUGUUGUGGACUACAGGCAGAAAGCCGCAGCAGCAGGGCGAAUACCAACCAACUAUCUAAGGCGAGAGCUUGGCACCACAGAUCACGAAAUACUCACCAGCCGACUCAUAGAUCGGUCAAUACGGCCACUCUUCCCUGCUGGUUAUUUUUAUGACACGCAAGUGCUUUGCAACCUGUUGGCAGUGGACGGCGUGAAUAAUCCAGAUGUGCUUGCCAUCAAUGGAGCAUCUGCUGCACUGGCACUGUCAGACAUUCCAUGGAACGGCCCAAUAGGUGCGGUAAGAAUGGGCCUGAUUGACGGUGAAGUGGUUGUGAACCCAACACGGAAAGAAAUGUCUGACAGCACCUUGGACCUUGUAAUAGCAGGAGCGGCACACAGUCAAGUUGUAAUGAUGGAGGCAUCAGCAGAUAAUGUUCUACAGCAAGACUUCUGUCAUGCCAUCAAGAUGGGGGUCAAACACAUAACACAGAUCAUCUUGGGUAUUCAGCAGCUCGUCAGAGAGCAGAAAGUGGUCAAACGAACACCUCAAAAGUUAUUUACAGCCCCUCCCGAGAUGGUGGAUUACGUUCGCAAACUGGCUAGUGAAAAAAUCUAUGACGUUUUUACUGACUACACCCAUGACAAGGUUUCCAGAGAUGAGGCUGUAAACAAAAUCCGACUUGAGACAGAAGAGCAAGUUAAAGAAAAGUAUCAGCAUGCAGAGUCCUUUGAUGUGAUCGAAUCAUUUAAUGUGAUUUCCAAGGAGGUGUUUAGAAACCUAGUGCUAAAUGAGUACAAAAGGUGUGAUGGCAGGAGCUUGACAGCACUAAGGGAUAUCUCUUGUGAAGUUGAUGUCUUGAAGCCUUUGCAUGGCUCUGCACUUUUCCAAAGAGGGCAGACCCAGGUUCUUUGCACUGUUACAUUUGACUCCAUAGAGUCCAGUGUGAAACCUGACUUGAUUACCACUGCUUUAAGUGGAGUUAAAGACAGAAAUUUCAUGUUGCACUAUGAGUUCCCACCAUAUGCAACAAAUGAGAUUGGAAAGAUGGGCGGGGCGAACAGAAGAGAACUUGGACACGGAGCACUUGCUGAGAAAUCCUUGCGAUGUAUCAUCCCUAAGGAGUUUCCCUUCACAAUUCGUGUCACAUCUGAAGUUCUGGAAUCCAAUGGCUCUUCAUCGAUGGCAUCCGCGUGUGGAGGCAGUUUGGCACUAAUGGAUGCUGGUGUGCCAAUAUCAUCGCCUGUGGCUGGUGUGGCAAUUGGCUUGAUCUCCAAGCCGGAUCCAGAGAAACCAUCUGAAAUUCAGGAUUAUAGGCUGCUGACAGAUCUUCUGGGAAUAGAAGAUUACAAUGGUGAUAUGGACUUCAAAAUGGCAGGAACAAGUAAAGGCAUCAAUGCCCUACAGGCGGAUAUCAAGAUACCUGGGCUGCCACUGAAGAUUGUGAUGGAAGCUAUUCAGCAGGCCACGGUUGCCAGAAAGGAGAUCUUGGGCAUCAUGCAGCGGACCAUUGCCAAGCCGAGAAGCUCAAGAAAGGAGAAUGGGCCUGUGGUUGAAAACGUCCGUGUACCUGUCUCGAAGAGAGCUCGUUUUGUGGGACCUGGUGGCUACAAUUUACGCAGACUCCAAGCUCAGACAGGUGUGACGAUAAGUCAGGUGGAUGAGGAGACCUUCUCUGUGUUCGCACCUACACCGGGAGCCAUGAGUGAGGCACAGGACUUCAUAACAGAGAUGGUUAAGGAUGAUCAAGACCACCAGCUUGAGUUUGGUGCUAUUUACACAGCAACCAUCACUGAAAUAAGGGAUAUCGGAGUGAUGGUAAAGCUUUAUCCUAACAUGACUCCUGUACUGCUGCACAAUUCUCAGUUGGACCACAAGAGGAUUAAGCAUCCCACUGCACUUGGGUUUGAAGUUGGGCAGCAGAUUCAAGUGAAAUUCUUUGGACGUGACCCAACAGAUGGUAGAAUGAGACUCUCACGCAAGGUGCUUCUGUCUCCUGCAGCAACAGUGGUUAAAACACUGAAUGACAAACAAAGCAUCAGUAUGGGGACAGGAAAUAACCAUACUCCUAGUGCCUCCUGAUGUAAACGGACUCAUAUAGGCUAUUAUGUAAAUGUACCAUUUUUUACAUGUGCAUGUUUUUUCUAUGUCUGUCUGUAUUAUGAAGAAAUCACGUGUAAAUAAAAAUAAAUGUGUGAACAUUC